UCUGCGAUCCUGCAUUUCGAUGCGAUCUGGAUUGCGCGCAUGUGCAGGGAAUUGGUUUCUUUUAUUGGAUGUUUCUUCUGAUUUUGUUUGAUUGUUCUGCGUUCGUUCCUGAUGAAAAGAUUGGAUUUUUAUUUGAAUUUAUGAAGAGAUUGAAUCUGCUUAGAAUAUUUGGUGUCACGUUUGGGCUACAGGGUUUAUAUUUUGUUCAAUUCUUAGAUCAGUGAGUAUAACCAUGUUUCUUGACGUGUGUGGAAUUGAAGUUAGGUAGCGGCUUGCAUUUUGUCCCAUUGAAUAAAAAUAUUCUUAUUAGUUGUUAAGACAACAAACUAAAAUUCUUUUGUUAGGUGAAGGAAGCUUUAGGAUGAGUUGGAACAGUUAUAAGAGAGAAUCUUUUUCUAGUAUACUACUUUUUCCCAACCCAGCAGCCCCAACCAAUGUUUAGUUGGCUUGCAAUAUUACUCAAGGCCUCCGGAGGAUUUGUCCUGUUAAGGAGGCACAGAGUUUGCCAAGUUGGGGCAUUCUGGAGAGUCCAUUAGCUUUUUGAUCGGCAUUCUGGAGAGUCCUUGAGCUUUUUGAUGCAUUAAAUUGAAGUCCUUGAGUUCAGCAGUUUCUCCUGAUUUUUUUUAAUAUUUUGUUUCAUGAUCCUGCUAGCAUAACAGGAUUUGAUGUUAUUCUGAAAUUCUUUUCAUGAGGCUUGUGGGGUGAUGUUCUGUGCAGUGUUUAAAUCUUAACAUACAUAUGGUGUUUUCUAAUCUAUGCAUGCUCUGAAAUUUUACUUUAAAGUAGAGAUGCUGAAGUCUGUCCAACAACACCCAAAUGUUACUUCACCAAGAGGAUUUCUGCAUCAGUCUGUUCGUCGAGUGAGUCGCAAACAUUCUCAUGCUGCAACCAUGCAGCAUAAAUCUCCAAUAGUGUUUCCUGAAAAAAGAGGCAAGGUAAAAUCUUUAAGGCAAAUUGAUGCAAAUGGUGUUAAUGAAGGUCCUGUAAAGAUGAAGACACAUGAGCACAGGAUAGAUAUUGGCGAUGAGAAGUCUGAUUUGCUAGGAUAUGAGAUUUUCUCUGGGAAGCUUUUUCUAUAUAAGAAAAUGAGAAGUACAAGUGAUGAAGAGCAAACAGGGCCAGGAACCGUAAACUCUGAUAGCAUUGAUGCAAAGCUUACAAGCAGAGCCCUGAUUUGGGGUUCUCAUGUGUUAUCUCUUGAAGAUGUCAUAUCUGUUUCUUACAAGGCUUGUUUUCGGCAUUUUACUGUCCAUGCUUACCCUGUCAGAAAAAGGUCAUGUGGGCUUUUUUGUUUAUUGAAGCCACAAAGGUCUCAAAAGGACUUUUGCUUCUUAGCAUCUAGCUCAGAGGAAGCAAUUCAGUGGGUCCAGAGCUUUGCAGAUCAGCAAUGUUACAUAAAUUGCUCACCUCAUCCAAUGGUGUCUGGCAAGAAGCAGGACUCUGAUGUCGUGGCCAGUGUGCCUCUCUAUGGCAUGCCAUAUAUCAAAUGUAAAAGUCCACCAAGGAUACUUGUGGUAUUGAAUCCUCGUUCUGGGCAUGGUCGUUCAAGUAAAGUAUUCCACAGCAAAGUGGAACCAAUUUUUAAGCUUGCAGGUUUCAAAAUGGAAGUGGUUAAAACAAAAUAUGCUGGUCAUGCAAGAGAACUUGCUUCAACUGUUGAUUUCAGUGCUUGCCCUGAUGGAAUUAUAUGCGUUGGUGGGGACGGAAUUGUGAAUGAGGUGCUCAAUGGUAUCUUGACUAGAGAUGAUCAGAAGGAAGCAAUAUCUAUUCCAAUUGGUAUAAUUCCAGCUGGUUCAGACAAUUCACUGGUCUGGACAGUUUUGGGAGUAAGAGAUCCUAUUUCUGCUGCAUUAGCUAUUGUAAAGGGAGGACUUACUGCUACAGAUGUUUUUGCUGUUGAAUGGAUUCAGACUGGAGUCAUUCAUUUCGGGUCAACUGUUUCAUACUUUGGCUUUCUUAGUGAUGUUCUGGAGCUAUCUGAAAAGUAUCAGAAGCAUUUUGGUCCACUGCGUUAUUUUGUGGCUGGUUUUCUCAAAUUUAUGUGCUUGCCAAAAUACAGCUUUGAGGUAGAGUAUCUACCCAUGUCAAAGGAGAUAGGAAACUCCGAGGGAAGGUUAUUAGAAAAUCAAGGGAAAAAAGAUAUUUCAGACAUUUAUACAGAUAUAAUGCAGAGGUCAACAAAAGAGGGAAUCCCAAGGGCUUCCAGUUUGUCGAGUAUUGACUCAAUCAUGUCUCCUAAUAGAAUGUCUGGUAAAGACAUGGACACAACAGGUAGCACAAUUGCCAGCAUUGAGCCGUCUGAUUAUGUCCGAGGACUUGAUCCCAAAGCAAAGCAGAUGUCUUCAGGUAGAAGUAAUUUAGUGGAUGAACCAGAUGAAGUUAUCCACCCCCAACCUCAUCUUUCUGCUAAUUCUAACUGGCCAAGGACCAGAUCAAAGUCACGGACAGACAAAACUUGGACUAGUGAGACCACUACAAAUGAUUCCAGGUAUUCUUGGGCAGCCACCUCGUUGUAUGAUAAGGAAGACAUUUCAUCAACAGUGUCUGAUCCUGGACCUGUAUGGGACUCUGAACCAAAGUGGGAUGCUGAGCCUAACUGGGAAGCUGAGAAUCCUAUCGAGUUGCCAGGGCCACCAGAUGACAUGGAACGGGUGAUGGAGAAGGUUCCUGUUCCAAGUCUGGAGGACAAGUGGGUUGUCAAAAAGGGCCAAUUUCUUGGUGUGCUGGUGUGCAACCAUUCAUGCAAAACUGUCCAGAGUUUAAGUUCUCAGGUUGUGGCGCCAAAAGCUGUACAUGAUGACAACAGUUUGGACUUACUAUUAGUCUGUGGAAGUGGGAGAUUUAGAUUGUUAAAAUUCUUUAUUUGCUUGCAGUUUGGUAGGCAUCUGGCCUUGCCUUAUGUGGACUAUAUUAAGGUAAAGUCUGUGAAAAUUAAGCCUGGCACAAGCACUCACAACGGCUGUGGUAUUGACGGGGAACUUCUUCAUGUCAAAGGCCAAGUUAUAUGUUCCUUGCUUCCCGAACAAUGCAGACUCAUCGGCCGUCCUGCCUGUAAAUAAGGGCUGCUAACCUGUGAAAUCUGCAGUCCUUGUGUCAGGAUGGUGCAUCUAUGUUAGUGUAGUGGAACAUUCAAAUUAUACGACGAUAUGAGCACAACCUGUUUUACGUUAGAGGUCUGCCUUUUUUCCCCUCUUCAACAACUGGUGCAAUACUCAUGGUAAAACAUACGAAGGAUAAGAUCAGACAAAUGUUGCUCCUGAUGUCCCUGUAUACUCAUGUUUUUGCUCCUCGGAGAUGGAUCCUAGUUUUGUUGUUUGGUUCAUCGCACCAUUGUGUGUCCAUUCGAUUGCACAGCACUUCGGCAGCAUAUUCUGAGUGAUCAUGUUGUUUACUCCUCAGAACUGAACCCUAGUUUUGUUAUUUGGUUCUUUCCUAUUCCUAUUGUGUCCCCAUUCUAUCUUUGGGAUUCUUUUUCUUCUCACUUCAAUCCAUUUCUCUACAUUGCUGUGUUAUGAUGUUUUGUGUAUGUAUUCACUUUGGAAGCUUAAUGAACUAUUAUUGAUUGGGUUGCAAA